AUGUCUCUUUUGCGUACCACUUCGCUGUCGUGCGCCCGCCGUUUCCGCCCCGCAUUCCGCCUCUAUUCGGAUGCAGCCACCGCCGGAGAGUCGUCAACUGAACCUCCAAAAGACGAUGCGCCAAAGGUUGAUGCCGCUCUCGUCAAGGCCCAGGAGGAGGCUGCUGACCUACUUAGUCGACUACGGUAUCUGCAGGCAGACUUCCUGAAUCUCCAACGCAACUCGGCACGAGAACGAGAAAAAACGCGUGAUUUUGCGGUCUCAAAUUUCGCAGCCGACCUUCUCGAGACCGUUGACGUGCUUUCCCUCGCCCUUAAAUCCGUUCCGCAAUCCGCCUUCGCUCCCUCAGAAACACCAGAAGGGUCUUUGGACACACCGACUACCCCUCCAGCCAAGUCAGCGAAAGAGCAUCUACAAGAGCUCUAUACGGGUGUCGAGAUGACCCAGCGCCAGCUCCUCCAAACUCUCUUCAAGUACCACGUGAAGCCGUUCGACCCAACAGGGGAUGCGUUCGAUCCUAAUAGGCAUGAAGCGCUGUACCAGGCCCCAAUACCUGGAAAGACACCUGGCACAGUCAUCGACUGCCAAAAAAUUGGAUUCACCAUUCGUGAUCGCGUAUUGAGGGCAGCUCAAGUCGGGGUUGCGCAGGAUGUACCACAAAACUCAGAGGAGCCACACACAUAA